AUAUAUAUAUAUAUAUAUAUUGGUGUUUAAAACCCUCGAAACGCAAACGACCAUUUCAAACCACCUCUUCUAAACAAAAAAACUAAUAACAGCGAACAAACGCACACUAACAAUCUGUAACUCUCCUUCAUUUUCGCGUUCUUUCUCAUCUUUGAAUCUCUCAUAUUCCCCUUGUGUUUUUUCACGAUCCCAACCCAUUCAAAAAAAAUCAAACAAUCAAAACCAACCCAUUAUUGAAUGGAAAAUUCUCAUAAUUCUGAGAAAUCCAUCAGUUUCAUCAGAGGUCGCCAUGCUCGCAGAAAGAGCAGCGACAUUACCACUCCCAACUCAACCCAUUUCUCUUCCAUCGAUUUCAGCCUCGAACACGAUCCUGAUGAAAACGACAAUGUCGAUCAACUUACCCAAGACGUCGAUCGCUUUACCAACACACUAUCAACCGUGGAUGAUAAAUCUGAGCCUCUCGAAGUUCCAGACUCCGUUGAGACUUUCUCCAAGAUCGUCGAAUCGAGAAUUGCGAGGUACUAUUCCCCCAAUUCUCCGACGAUUUUCGGGAAAAUGACGGAGGAGGAUUCGUUUUUUUUCGAAGCUGUGAGGCGAAUUUCGAAGCUGAACAAAACUUUUAACGAUUUUUCAUCCACUGCGUCGUCUAAGGAUCGAACGAGCACGGUUUUACAGAGAGCGAUGGUGUUUUUGGAAGAGGAGUUUCGACAUCUUCUAGAAGAUUCGAAUUUGAAUCUUCUUCUGAGAAAGGAGCAAUCUGACGAAGAAGAAUCGGAUCGCGACGACGAAUCAACAAGCGGACAGAAGGAAUUCCCGUCCUACUCGCCGGAGAUCGUGAUGAAGAUGAAUAGAAUAGCGACGGCGAUGAUCUGCGCAGGGUACGAAACUGAGUGUUGUCAAGUUUACAGCAUCGCGAGACGCAAUGUCUUCAACGAAGCCAUCAAAAGCCUCGAAUUCGAGAUCAAAAGCGUCGAAGAUGUGAAGAAAAUGCAAUGGGAAACGCUGGAAGGAGAGAUCGCGACGUGGAUCAAAGUCGUGAAACACUGCGCCACCGUGCUCUUCCCCGGCGAACGCAAGCUCUGCGAUUCCGUCUUCUCCGACAAUCCAUCCAUCGCCGUCUACCUCUUCAGCAACCUCGCACGCGCCGUCGUCAUUCAACUCCUCAACUUCGUCGACGCGGUGGUUCAAACCAAUCGAUCGGCGGAGAAGCUUUUCAAAUACCUAGACAUGUACGAAGCUCUCCGAGAUCUGAUUCCAGACAUCAACAAAUCGUGCUCCGACGAACUCGCAGCCGAAAUCUCCACCUCCGGCGAUCGGAUCGGAGAAGCCGCCGUCCACAUCUUCUGCGAUCUCGAAAACUCCAUCAAAGGAGACGCCGCGAAAACUCCGGUAGCCGGUGGCGCAGUUCACCCCCUCACCCGCUACGUCAUGAACUAUCUAAAAUACGCGUGUGAGUACAAAGUCACACUAGAACAAAUCUUCCAGAAGAACAAGGCGCUCGUUCCAUCAAUCAAACAUGAGAGAGAAAGCCCAAGCCACAAUCAGACGGGUGAAAACUCAUCAUCAUCACCGUUCGCUACACAGCUAAUGACCGUGAUUGAUCUCCUGGAUCUAAACCUCGAAACAAAAUCGAAACUGUACAAAGACCCAUCUCUCCGAUUCAUAUUCCUGAUGAACAAUGGCAGAUACAUAAUGCAGAAGAUCAAAGCAGCAAGUGAGAUCCUCCAAUCGAUGGACGACACGUGGUACCGAAUUCGAUCGAGCGAUGUGAGGCAAUACCACAAGAACUACCAGAGAGAAACUUGGGGAAAAGUUCUACAGUGUUUGGGGCACGAAGGAUUGCAAGUGAAUGGGAAGGUUCACAAACCGGCAUUGAAAGAGAGAUUCAAAAAUUUCAGUGCCAUGUUUGAUGAGAUUCAAAAGACGCAGAGCACAUGGGUUGUGAGUGACGAACAGCUUCAGUCGGAGCUCAGGGUGUCCAUCUCAGCGGUGGUGAUUCCGGCGUACCGGUCUUUUUUCGGCAGGUUCAGGCAAUACUUGGAUUCAGGGAGACAAGGGGAGAAGUAUGUAAAGUAUCAACCUGAAGAUAUUGAGACCAUGAUUGAGGGACUCUUUGAUGGGAAUGCUAGUUCAAUUGGUAGGAAAAAAAAUUAGAGGUACUCAUAUCAUUUUUAAUGAUCAAAAUCAAUAUCAAUUUUUAAUUUACUACACUAAAAAAAACAAUUACUAUAUUUUGAUUAUCUCAAUAUAAUGGUGGCACAAUUAAGUUUUAUAUUAUCGCCAUAUUGAACUAGAUGGAUAGAACCUUUUUUAAUAAAUUAGUAUCAAGGUUUUUAGAAUUUUGUGCACACAAUAUAUUUUUUUAAUUUAUUUAUUUUUUAAAUGUUUGAAUACCUAACAAUGUUGAUAUAUAUAUGUUGUUGUGAAAGAUAAUUUCAUUUGCUUAUUGGGCUCAAUCGAGACACG